AGUCAGCAUAAUACAGGAGGUGGGGAGAGGAGCCAGAGACCGGAGAGACAGGAGCUGAGAAACGGAGAGAGACAGAGAGAGAGAGAGAGAGAGAGAGAGAGAGAGAGGAAGAGAAAAAAAACAGACUGUCUGCCUCAGGACCACUGCAUCUCCACUAAAUCUCUAGGCUGUCACACCAGCGCACAGCAGAGGAGAGGAGGAGAGAGCGGCGAAGAGUGAUUUCAAUAAGGACAUCAUUGGUACGUUAUCUGGGACAAACAUCGUCUGACACAAAGAUCAAACUUAAAAAAGGAAAACUAGGUGAAAGGAAACGUCCCUUAGGAUCAUCCAUUGGAUUGUCAGAUUGUCCCUGUUUCUCUUCAGAAAAAAAACAUUGGAUUCUGUCUAUAUUCAGAAAAAAGUCAUGGCGAGAGAAGGAUAACCCGUACUGGGACUGUUUGCUCCCUAAAAGCUGAGUCAAUCAUACAGUAGGAGUGCAGGGGUGUUUCUGAGCUGGUUUCUCUGCACUACUCUCUUAUUCUGCUACUGAAGACACAUUUGGAAUAGGAGAGGAUUUCCCAAUGUCUGACACAUUCUUACUGACUGAUUUCCUACUCAAGUAUUUUGACUGACUGAGCUCGUUGCUCGUUGUUGCUGCUGUUUUUCUGCUACUGCACAACUCUCUGAUACCACUGUCCUGUCUGAGCAUCCUCGUUCUCCCCCUCCUCGGCACCUCUGCCCUCCUCUUCCACUUCUACUCUGCCAGUUGAUGUCUUUUCUCUGCAUACUCUCCCACUGCUCUGCAGAACAACACACUCAUGGUCGAUGCCAAGGACCGUAAAAUGAAAUGUCUGACCUUCCUCUUGAUGCUCCCAGAGUCAGUUAAGAGCAAGUCGGCGAGUUCGAAGAGCUCCAAAAAGACAGUUAACGUCGGUGGCGCUUCCGGGGGCAGUACCGGGUCCAAGCUGCCGCCGGUGUGCUACGAGAUCAUUACCCUGAAGAAGAAGAAGAAGAUGGCAGCAGAUAUAUUCCCCAGUGCUAAGAAGCAGGGCGGAGGGUCGUCGGCCACAGUGCAGGAGUACCAACAACAGAACCUGAAUAAUAACAAUACAAUUCAGAACUGUAACUGGCAGGGGCUCUACUCUACUAUACGAGAGAGGAACUCUGUGAUGUUCAACAAUGAGUUGAUGGCCGACGUUCACUUUGUGGUUGGACAAACAGGAGGGACGCAGAGACUACCAGGACACAGGUAUGUUCUGGCAGUUGGUAGUUCUGUGUUCCAUGCCAUGUUUUAUGGAGAGCUGGCGGAAAACAAGGAUGAAAUCCGAAUUCCGGACGUGGAGCCUGCAGCAUUCCUGGCCAUGUUGAAGUACAUCUAUUGUGACGAGAUAGACCUGAGUGCUGACACAGUGCUGGCCACGCUCUACGCUGCUAAGAAGUACAUUGUGCCUCACCUGGCCAGAGCCUGUGUUAACUUCCUAGAGACCAGCCUGUCCGCUAAGAAUGCCUGCGUCCUGCUGUCACAGAGCUGUCUGUUCGAAGAGCCCGAACUCACACAACGCUGCUGGGAGGUUAUUGACGCUCAGGCAGAGCUGGCCCUGCGGUCGGAGGGUUUCACUGACAUCGAUUCCCAGACACUAGAGAGUAUCCUCCAGAGAGAGACCCUCAACGCCAAAGAGGAGGUGGUGUUUGAGGCAGCGCUGAGCUGGGCCGAGGCAGAGUGUCAGAGACGGGACCUCACCACCUCCAUAGACAACAAGAGAAAGGUUCUCGGCAAGGCCGUGUUCCUGAUCCGUAUCCCCACCAUGGCAUUGGACGACUUCGCCAAUGGUGCCGCCCAAUCGGGCGUCCUGACCCUGAAUGAGACAAACGACAUCUUCCUGUGGUACACCGCUGCCAGGAAACCGGACCUCCUGUUCGCCAGCCAGCCCCGCAAGGGGUUAUCUCCGCAACGCUGCCACCGGUUCCAAUCCUGCGCCUACCGCAGCAACCAAUGGCGUUACCGAGGGCGGUGCGACAGCAUCCAGUUCGCCGUGGACAAACGCGUCUUCAUCGCCGGGUUCGGACUCUAUGGCUCCAGCUGCGGCUCGGCAGAGUACUCGGCUAAGAUCGAGCUCAAGCGCCAAGGCAUUCUCCUUGGACAUAACCUGAGUAAAUACUUCUCUGACGGUUCUAGUAACACAUUCCCCGUGUGGUUUGAGUACCCCGUGCAGAUAGAACCCGAUACGUUCUACACGGCUUCUGUAGUUCUGGAUGGGAACGAGUUGAGUUACUUUGGUCAGGAAGGAAUGACAGAGGUGCAGUGUGGGAAGGUGACCUACCAGUUCCAAUGUUCGUCAGACAGCACCAAUGGGACAGGAGUACAGGGCGGUCAGAUACCUGAACUCAUUUUCUACGCCUAAAGGAACACAAUGAAAUGGAUAUUACCAUUACUGACUUUAGUGAAGUAGGGUAAAAGUUGCCCCAAGUCGCUGAUGUUGGGUCAGUUUUACAUUUGCCCCACUAGUAGUUAAUUAAGGUUAGGAUUAAGGUAGGGGAAACUGAUCCAAGAUCUGUACCUAGAGGAAACGUCAUCCCGGAGUGACUUUGAUGCCCAUGGAGAUGUGCUUGUUUUUAUAGUACUUAUUACUGACUUUGGUUUGAUGGGUGAAACAUGUCCAUUGCGAGGACUGAUUGAGAAUGGAUUGAUCUAGAUGACACUUCCUUUGCGAGUGCUUGGCUGUCACCAUUGUGAUGACACACUAUUCCAUUGCUGACUUUGUACGUUCUAUAAAUAUUUGUCUUUUUCUCUCUUUCUUUAUAUGCGGAAUUUUGGAAUUUAACAAUUCAUGAUUGAGGAUUCCCAGCAAACAGGGGACAUCCUGAGGACAUUUCCAUUAGGUCCCUUAAAAGGGUUUCUGCACAACGUUAUCUCACAGACGCUCUGAGAACAUUCUAAGAACAACGCAUGAUGGUCCCAAUGGAACGUUCACUGGGGGGACCUUUUUCUAGUUCCCAGUUGGACGUUUUUAGGACGUUGUGUCAUGGUCCUGGUCACGGGGACGUCCCCGAGGAUAUUUUAAGGACAUUCCUGGGACGAGGUGUCAUAGUCCCCUAGAGGUUUUUUGUGUCACGUGAUGGAUUGACAUGAUCGUACAGACUUUUCAACAUGACCCCACCUAGAAUUUGGACUCACAACCGCUGGAUUUGCAGUAUGCUGUGCCAAAAAGUCUGUAGAUUGUCACAAGUCCCAUUCGUUACCUAUAAUACAUCCUCUCGGCGCUUAGAAAAAAAGAGUGCCAACUGCCCUGCUGUUUUAGCUAGCGGUUAAUCUGAAUAUUCUCUCAUCCUUGAUUUCCUUGACUUAUUUCAGCAAUGUGAGUGUUUUCAGUAUAGUUGUCUAAUGUUGGUGAGGCUGAAUUAUUCUGUUACUCCUCAAACACUAUGAUAAAUAUAAUACAUUUUUUCUUGAGUUUUUUUUUUUUACAGAGAUGAAAUUUGCUUUGAAGAGCAAAGUGUAGGAAUACAGGUAUAAUCAAUCAUUGGCACAGACAUGUAGCAGGAAGAUUGGAAUGUUAAAAUCCCAGGUGAGGACGUGUGGAAUAAUCAUUUCUGUGUGUGAAUAAACGUACACAACGUACUAAAUCUACGUCAAAGUGUGUCACGUAUGGAAGUUGAAACAACGUACGUUGGAACGUCCCUUUUUGUGUAAGUGUCCCUAAACAUUGCCAAAAAAAAGUAUGAGUUGUAAAUGGAUCAGUUGAUCACCAAUCAGACAAAAGAAACAAGGGUUGAUGUGUAAUGGGGGGACCGUCUCUUUCUGACCAUCAUGAACAAGCCGGGAACUAGACAAAACCUCCAGGGGACCAUGACACAAAGUCCUGACCACUUUAUGGGGACCAUUUCAAGACGUCCUGAGGACGUCCUAAGAACUUAAUUUUGUUUGCCCGGGUUUACUUUUGGUACUGUGGAUGGUCAGCUGUUUGUUCAACGAGUUCUUCGCCUCAAACGGACUCCUUCACCUCAAAUAACUCAACAACAGACAUCUCACUGGAACGGAUCAUCAUUGGAUUAGAUAACAGGAAUUCAGAUUAAAAAAGGAAUUGACUCCGUGUGAAGGAGUUUUUUUUCUCUCCAAUUUCUCACCACUGUUAGGAAUCGUGAAUCUAUUAUUUUUUUUAAAUCAACUCCCAGCCCCAAUGUGUGUAUGCACUGUAUAUAGUGUAAUAUAUAGCUCAGAGGGUAUCUUAUGACUAAUAUGCUAUAUGUUUCCUAUUUCGAUGCUUGCACAUGAUGCACAUGAUAUACACAGAACAGCAAUACUUCACUGCCUAAUAUAUUCUAUGAAUUGAUUGAUUGACGUUACGCACGCCUCUGUGAAGACGGAACGCAACACCCUGCUACGACUCAAUUGAUUGAUCGCUCUCUGUUUUAGCCAAUGCAUUGCACUUCACAAAGCACCCCCCCCCCCCCCCCCCCCCCCCCCCCACACAUCAAUAUUUAUAUUUUAGAACUGGUGACAAUUAAGAGACAAUGUUGAUAUUGAAACACCAAACACUUACUCGCGUAGCCCUACGGUUACAGGUAUGUGAGAAAUAAUGUAUUUGUAAAGAAGAUAUGUCACAAAAAGAGACAGACGGCAAAACUGCAAUGGUUCAAUGUCACUAUUUUGACAAGUUAUCAACGUAUUAAAUAUAUCAGUUAAAAAAAACAAAAGAGUUACCAUUGUAAGAGCCGUUGUUGAUUAUUAAUGUUAUUUUGUUUACUUUGAUAUGAGGCAGCCUUUUAUUUUGCUACUGGGACUGGUUACUGUCUACUAACUGGUAUAGAUUCACCUUACUGGGACUGGUUACUGUCUACUAACCACUAACUGGUAUAUAUUCACUUUACUGGGACUGGUUACUGUCUACUAACUGGUAUAGAUUCACCUUACUGGGACUGGUUACUGUCUACUAACUGGUAGAGAUUCACCUUACUGGGACUGGUAACUGUCUACUAACCACUAACUGGUAUAGAUUCACCUUACUGGGACUGGUUACUGUCUACUAACUGGUAUAGAUUCACCUUACUGGGACUGGUUACUGUCUACUAACUGGUAUAGAUUCACCUUACUGGGACUGGUUACUGUCUACUAACUGGUAGAGAUUCACCUUACUGGGACUGGUAACUGUCUACUAACCACUAACUGGUAUAGAUUCACCUUACUGGGACUGGUUACUGUCUACUAACUGGUAUAGAUUCACCUUACUGGGACUGGUAACUGUCUACUAACCACUAACUGGUAUAGAUUCACUUUACUGGGACUGGUUACUGUCUACUAACUGGUAUAGAUUCACCUUACUGGGACUGGUUACUGUCUACUAACUGGUGUAGAUUCACCUUACUGGGACUGGUAACUGUCUACUAACCACUAACUGGUAUAGAUUCACCUUACUGGUUACUAUCUACUAACCACUAACUGGUAGAGAUUCACCUUACUGGGACUGGCUACUGUCUACUAACUGGUAUAGAUUCACCUUACUGGGACUGGUAACUGUCUACUAACCACUAACUGGUAUAGAUUCACCUUACUGGGACUGGUUACUGUCUACUAACCACUAACUGGUAUAGAUUCACCUUACUGGGACUGGUAACUGUCUACUAACCACUAACUGGUAUAGAUUCACCUUACUGGGACUGGUAACUGUCUACUAACCACUAACUGGUAUAGAUUCACCUUACUGGGACUGGUUACUGUCUACUAACUGGUAUAGAUUCACCUUACUGGGACUGGUAACUGUCUACUAACUGGUAUAGAUUCACCUUACUGGGACUGGUAACUGUCCUUAAACUGCUACAGAUUCAUCCCUUUCUGUGCAUCAGUUGUAGAUUGGCAGUUGCCGGAUCAAACAGUGAGCACGUGAUUACGGGUUAACCUGGGGUGUUGUGAAGUUCCGGAAUGCAUCAUAUCAUGGUUUUAGCGUAUCGGUAUCGGAGCAGUAGAGUAGAGGCACUUACAGAAGUUGCACACAAUGGCGUACAUUUUUAGCAGAAUAAUGUUGGCCUUUUGAAAUAAACGCUUAUAACGCAA